GGCAGUGCAAGUGUGAUAGCUGCACCAUUCUCACCUAACCCAAGCCAGAGAACUUCGACAAACCACCUUAAAUGAUGACACCCAGCCGUAGAGACACAGAGGUUGAAGAGGCCUAAAUCGGUGAGCCACCCUUCUAUCACUCCCCUAAGGGCUCUGUAUCUGGAAGGAAGAAAGAUCAACAGCUCUGAGGUGGGCAGACCUUCAGGGAAGAUGCAGCCUCUCCUGCUUUUGUUGGCCCUUCUUCUGCCCCUUGGGGCUGGGACAGAGGAGAUCAUCGGGGGCCAUGAGGUUAAGCCCCACUCCCAGCCCUACAUGGCAUUUCUUCAGUUUCUGGAUAAUGGCAAGAUGAAGAGGUGUGGCAGUGUCCUCGUGCACAAGUACUUUGUUCUAACGGCUGCUCACUGCCGGGGAAGCUCCAUGAGGGUCAUUCUGGGGGCCCACAACAUCAAGAAACAGGAGAGGACCCAGCAGGUCAUCCCCGUGAAAACAGCCAUCCCCCACCCAGACUAUAAGCAGAACUUCUCCAAUGACAUCAUGUUACUGAAACUGGAGAGAAAGGCCAAGCAGACUGCAGCUGUGAAGCCCCUCCGCCUGCCCGAGAGCAAGAACCCGGUGAGGCCUGGACAGGUGUGCAGUGUGUCCGGCUGGGGGCGGGUCUCAAUGACCACCCUAGCAACCACUCUGCAGGAGGUGUCACUGGAAGUGCAGAAGGAUGCGACAUGUGCAUCCCUCUUCCCUCACUAUUACAGUGGGGCCACCCAGAUUUGUGUAGGAGACCCGGAGGAGAUGAAGACUGCCUUCAAGGGGGACUCCGGGGGACCCCUCGUGUGUAACAACAUGGUCCAGGGGAUUUUCUCCUAUGGAAAACACAACGGGACCCCUCCAGGGGUCUUCAUGAAGGUCUCCCACUUCCUGCCUUGGAUAAAGAGAACAAUGAAGCGCCUCUAACAGCAAGCAUGAGAUUGACUCCCCUCUGUGCUCGGCCAUCUUUUCUGGGGCAGAGGAAAGAAUCCCUUGCGACUGGGGGAGAGGGGAAGGAGGGAUGGCAGGCCCAUAAUAAAUGGAUCUCUAGAGCGAA